ACCAAUUCAGGUGACUAGAGUCCACAUCGUUGAGAUUGUAUAAUUUCUCGAUUCUCUUCCCUUUCUUUUAUUUUGACAAAUGGGAAAUGGAGUCACGACUUUGAGCGCCUGUUGUACCGGAACCGUCGCCGGAGAAAUUUCCCGCCGAUACGAUGUUUCUCUGGUUCACGACGGGCUUGGCCACUCGUUCUGCUAUAUUCGACCGAAUCUCACCGGAAUAGCAUUACCUUCUUCUACGCCGGAGAUUCCUCUCCGACCAGAACCCAUCUCAGAAACCACCACCACUACUUUCCGUUCAAUCUCCGGCGCAUCGGUCAGCGCAAAUCCUUCAACCGCUCUCUCCGGAGCUCUGCCGUUGGAGACCGAAUGCCCGUACAGCUCCGCCGUCUCCGCCUCCGCAUUCGAGAGCUCCGGUAAUUUCGCCUCUCUUCCUCUCCAGCCUGUACCGCGUGGCGCCACGUGGCAAUCAGGUCCGAUUGCUAACGAGUCGGGUCACGGGUCGGCUCCGUUUGAGCGGCGAUUCUUAUCGGGUCCGAUUGAAAGCGGGUUGUAUUCGGGUCCUAUCGAGUCGACAACGAAGAAGACGGAGAAAGAGAAACCGAAGAGGAAGAAGGGCAGAAGAAAAUCCUCACCGGAAAAAUCUAAAUCAAAGAAGAAUUUUCUCACAUUCAAAACAUUAUUCGCGAAUCUACUCUCCAACAAUAAACCGCACUUGAAGAAGAGUGUGAUCGAGCCGAUUAACGGUUCUGAUUCAUCAGGUUCCGAUCAUCAUCAUCAACCUGAGAUCAAUUCCUUAAGAAGCGAAGAAAACCCUAAACCUAACGAACGAAAAGCAAAAACAGAGGAAGACGAAGAGAGCAUCGACUCUGUUUUGGAUGUUCAGUGGGCUCAGGGAAAAGCAGGGGAAGAUCGUGUACACGUGGUCGUCUCUGAAGAAAACGGAUGGGUUUUUGUCGGAAUCUACGACGGAUUCAGCGGUCCAGAUGCGCCGGACUAUCUCCUCAACAAUCUAUACACCGCCGUGCACAAGGAGCUCAAUGGGUUACUCUGGAACGACGAAAAGCUCCGAUCUUUUGGAGAAAACGGAGACACCCAAAUCGAAAAUUCUUCAGAUGAGGAAGAUUCCGAUUCGGGGAAAGAGAAUUUCCCUGUGACGAACAAUGAUGCAGUUGCUUCUGGUGCAAGAAAUCAAGAGAAAAGUGUGAAAUGGAGAUGCGAAUGGGAGAACAAGUCAAACAGCAAGACCAAAUCUGACAACAUUUGCGAUCAGAAAGGAUCAAAUUCGACGACAAGAAACCAUAAAGAUGUUCUUAAAGCUCUUUUACAAGCGCUGAGAAAAACGGAAGAGGCCUAUCUGGAGUUAGCUGAUACGAUGGUUAAGGAGAAUCCAGAACUGGCAUUGAUGGGAUCUUGCGUUCUCGUGACGUUGAUGAAAGGAGAAGAUGUUUAUGUGAUGAAUGUCGGGGAUAGUCGAGCGGUUUUAGCCCGGAAACCUAAUUCUGCGAUCGGGAGAAAGAGGGAAAAGGAGUUGGAGAGGAUCAGAGAAGAUAGUUCAUUAGAAGAUAAAGAAAUGUUGAUGAAUGGAGCAAUGCGUUAUAGUUUGGUUCCUCUACAGCUUAACAUGGAACAUAGCACAAGAAUUGAAGAGGAAGUGAGAAGAAUCAAGAAGGAACAUCCUGAAGAUGAUUGUGCAGUAGAGAAUGAUAGAGUAAAAGGUUAUCUUAAGGUCACUCGUGCAUUUGGAGCCGGAUUUCUCAAACAGCCUAAAUGGAACGAUGCACUAUUAGAAAUGUUCAGGAUCGACUACAUCGGGACAUCACCAUACAUCACAUGCUCUCCAUCUUUAUGUCAUCACAAGCUAACAUCACGUGACAAAUUCCUAAUCCUCUCUUCGGAUGGAUUGUAUGAAUAUUUCUCUAACCAAGAGGCCAUUUUCGAGGUUGAAUCUUUCAUCUCUACUUUUCCCGAAGGCGAUCCAGCUCAACACUUAAUCCAAGAAGUCCUCCUUCGUGCUGCCAACAAAUUUGGUAUGGAUUUUCAUGAAUUGUUGGAGAUACCACAAGGAGAUCGUCGGAGGUAUCAUGAUGAUAUCUCUGUCAUUGUUAUCUCACUUGAAGGAAGAAUAUGGAGAUCGUCGAUGUGAAUAUAUAUUGUUUUUUUUU